GUCAUUCGUGAUCCGAAUCUGUCAUCGCGAAAAGCGUGACAUACAUGGGGUAAAUAAGCCCCACGCACCUCUCUAAUUAAUAUUCAUUCCUCUUCAAAAAAUAGUUCAAAGUGUUACUACAUUUUUUUUAAAUUUCUUUUUAAAAAAGUAAGAUAGCCUUAAAUUUCGCAUCGACUUUAUACUCCAUGAGAUUUUUAUAGAGGUUAGGUGGCGCCACGUGUUUAGCACAUUGCUGCAGAAAAUUUUCUCGAAGAAGCUUUCCAGGUUUCCAGAAUGUCCACCAAGGCUAAGGAAUUCGAUGUCACGGAAAAAAUAUCCGAAAUGAGUAUCGAGGAGCCAGUGAAAAAAUUGACACACAAGGAAAAGAAAAAAUUGAAAAAGCAACAGGAAUACGAAAAGGCUCUGGAGUUGAUGACUAAAACCGGUGGACAGGGUCACAGUGAACUAGAAUCUAAUUUCACAGUUUCUCAAAGUACUGCUCAAGUACGAGGAGGUCAACAAUUAGAUAAUGCUGUUGAUAUCAAAGUUGAAAAUUUUAGCAUUGCUGCGAAGGGAAAGGAACUUUUUACCAAUGCGAGUUUACUCAUUGCCCAGGGCAGACGAUAUGGUUUGGUUGGACCUAAUGGACAUGGUAAAACAACUCUACUGCGACACAUUCAGAAACGAGCUUUUGCGAUUCCACCAAAUAUAGACAUUCUCUAUUGUGAGCAGGAAGUCGUAGCUGAUGAUACACCAGCAGUAGAAAAUGUGCUAAAUGCAGACGAAAAAUGCAAGGCGCUGCAGGCAGAAUGCAAAAAGCUUGAGGCAAAAGCAGAGGAGGGAGACGAUACUGUCCAAGAUAGACUCCAAGAGGUUUACGAAGAAUUAAAAGCAAUUGGAGCAGACUCCGCAGAACCCCGCGCUCGGCGAAUCUUAGCUGGUCUUGGUUUCAGUCGUGAAAUGCAGAAUCGAGCAACAAAAAAUUUUUCUGGUGGUUGGCGAAUGCGCGUGUCUCUCGCAAGAGCCCUUUUUGUCGAACCGACUCUUCUUUUGCUGGACGAACCGACAAACCAUUUGGAUUUAAACGCCGUUAUUUGGUUGGAUAAUUACCUACAGGCGUGGAAAAAGACUCUCUUGAUUGUUUCUCACGACCAGAGUUUCUUGGAUAACGUCUGCACGGAUAUCAUUCAUUUGGAUAUGCAUAAGUUGUUUUACUACAGGGGAAAUUACAGUAGUUUCAAAAGUAUGUAUGAGCAGAAGAGAAAGGAACAGGUAAAGGCUUAUGAGAAGCAGGAAAAGAGACUGAAGGAGCUCAAGGCUGCAGGAAAGAGUUCUAAACAGGCAGAAAAGAAAACUAAGGAGGUUCUCACGAGGAAACAGGAAAAGAAUAAAACGAAAAUGCAGAAACAGGAAGAAGAUACUGGACCUCAGGAAUUGUUGCAGAAACCGAGAGAGUAUAUUGUUAAAUUCAGCUUUCCUGAUCCACCGCCUCUUCAGCCGCCAAUUCUUGGUCUUCAUGAUGUUACAUUUGCUUACGAAGGGCAGAAACCUCUUCUUAUCGAUACCGAUUUUGGAAUUGACUUAAGCUCACGAGUAGCCAUAGUUGGACCCAACGGAGUUGGCAAAUCCACAUUUUUGAAGCUUUUAUUCGGUGACAUAACGCCCCUGAAAGGAGAACUAAUAAAGAAUCACCGUUUGAGGAUAGGUAGAUUCGAUCAGCAUUCUGGAGAGCAUCUCACUGCAGAAGAAACUCCCUCCGAGUAUCUGAUGCGACUUUUCAACUUGCCUUACGAAAAGGCGAGAAAACAGCUGGGAACUUUCGGUCUCAGUUCCCACGCUCACACAAUUCAAAUGAAAGAUCUCUCUGGAGGACAGAAAGCAAGAGUAGCUUUGGCAGAACUCUGUCUAAACGCACCCGACGUUGUUAUUCUCGACGAGCCCACGAACAACUUGGAUAUCGAAUCCAUCGACGCUUUGGCCGAAGCAAUCAACGAAUAUAAAGGUGGCGUGAUUAUUGUUACUCACGACGAGAGACUUAUCCGUGAAACCGAGUGUAAUCUUUAUGUAAUCGAGAACCAACAAAUCAGCGAAGUCGACGGAGACUUUGAUGAUUAUAGGAAAGAAUUGCUGGAAAGUUUGGGUGAAAUUAUUAAUAAUCCUAGUAUAGCUGCCAAUGCUGCUGUACUUCAAGAUGAUUGAUUAAUUGUUUGGGAAGAAUGACAAAUGAAAUACUAUUUGUCCGUAAUUUUGUAAUUUGUAUCAUAGCCGGCCUUUCUGAGAAUGGAAAGGGUUUCUGACUUGAAAUGAGAGUCAGUUAUUUAAUAUAAAAUCGGAUAUGGCUUGAUUUAUAUUACUCCUUAGUUUGAAUUCAAAUAAUGUUUUUUGAAAAGUGAACAUUUUUCGCAAUUAAGGCGUUCUUUUGGAUUUGGAAAGAAAAAUUAUUUUUCGCUCUUUUCAAUGUUAUAUGUUGAUUCUUUAAGAAUGGGUUUUUAAAAAAUUAAGUGGAUAUAUUUCCGCGCCUUCACUACUUGUAAAUAUGUGUGUGCGAAUAAUAUUGUACAGAGCGAAUAGUUUCAUUAGUUUCAUGUUUUGAUUUUCUUUCUUGAACUGGAAAUUUGUAAGUAAUUUUUAGUUUAAAUCGUGUUCAAGUUCUAUUAGGAAAUUUUGUAAACGAUAGCAUUUUAUGGAUUAAUAGAUAUCAAUUUUUGCC